AUGGCAAAAGUAGCAAUUGUAACUGGAUGCUCAUCUGGAAUUGGCCUUAAAUCGGCUAUCACCCUUGCAAAAGAUCCUGCAUACAAAGUCUAUGCAACCAUGCGUAACUUGGCAAAGAAAGCCACCUUAGCUGAAGAAGCUGGCAAAAACUUAGAUAAGAGUCUGUUUAUUCGGGAAAUGGAUGUUUCAUCGGAUAGCAGUGUCGAAAAAGCGGUUAAAGACAUCAUUGCUGCCGAGGGUAGAGUUGAUGUUGUUAUCAACAAUGCUGGUCAAGGUUUAUUUCACCCUAAUGAAACACUACCAAUGGAAGUUGCUGAAAGUAUCAUGAACUGUAACUUUCUGGGUACUGUUCGUGUUUGCAAAGCUGUUUUGCCCACAAUGAAGAAACAAAGAUCAGGUCAUAUCAUCAACGUUAGCAGCCUUGGUGGAUGUAUCGCUGUUCCUUUCAAUGCGGUCUACUGCGCUUCCAAAUUUGCUAUGGAUGGCUACAGUGAAGCUCUGGCACCUGAAUUGCGCCGUUUCAAUGUCAACGUAUCGGUCGUAUGUCCAGGGCCAGUUAGCACCAGCUUCGUUGAUAAUGUUAAGGCUAUGAACCAAGAAAAGGAUCUCGACAUGUUUGAAGCUGAACCAGAAACGAAAGAAAUUAUCCAGACCGUAUUUACUACCAUGUUUAAUCGUUUCUCGCAUUUAGGACAGACCCCUCAAGAUAUUGCUGAUGUUAUUGUUGCCUUGAUGAAGGAAGAGAAGCCAAGAUAUAGGGUUGCAACUAGUGAAGGUCUGACAAAGUACAUUGAUUUGAAAUUCAAAGAUAGUUCUGGUGAUGACAUAAUCAAGCUUUCCUACGAUAAUUAUGUCUGCGGAAAAGCACCCACCUCCUAAAAAGUUGGCUGGAUACCCCAAAACAUCGAACCUCCUUCAUGUGGCACAUCACCACACAUCAAUCCAUUAUGGUUUCUUCGCUACGUUGGCUUGUUCCUCGUAGUUUAUAAAUCGAAAUAGAUUAGCGCCUAAAUUUAAAGUAAACAUUACUACUGCCUUUUGCAUUUCCUUACUUUGAUACGGGAGUUAUCAGUACAAGUACCGUGCUAUUUUAUUUUUCCUUCAGAUAACACACUUUCAAAUGAAUAAAUGCAUUAACACCCAUGAAUCUAUUCUAUUUUUGGCUGUUGUAUCACGAUUAAACUCGUGACUUAUCAAUCUUACAAUUGCUCGCAAUGCUGUGAAGAUUGUGAAAUAUAGCACUAGUAUCAUUGUACAAAUAUGUAUAACUGUCGUAAGUGCAAACAGCGACUGACAUUUGAAUCGAAGUCGUUUAUCAGCAGAACUCCUGUAGCCUCUUAGUGUUGUAGUAUCAAUUCUUGACAUUAGAUUCUGAGGAACUGCUGUAAACUGCGUACCAUCAACCAAAUUUUUGAAGGCUUGAUCAUUUCCUGUUAUUAAUUAGCGUAGUAUACUAAUUAACUAUAGCCCUAUUUACAAAUUUAACGUAAUAAAGCAUAAGCGAUGCUUGGAAAC